AUGUUAGGUCGACGAACUCAACGUAAGAUACCACAAGAAUUCAAGGAUAAAUUAUUGCCACCCUCAAAACGUCUGAAAACUGUGGAAAGUACAGACGGUGAAGAUCUGAGUUCUCGAUGUCCUUCUGAUGAAGACGAAGAAUUAACUAUAUCCCCACGAAGCCGAAGUCCAGUUUAUCGUAAGAGAACGGAAAUCCCUGAUUCGGAAGAUGAUGAUGGGGAUGGGGAUGACGAGGUGGAUCAGAUUGUGGCUUCGAGGGUGACGGAAUUGGAGAAUGCAUUACCACCAGUUGAUAUUGAUAAGAAAGCAAUUGCCAAAUAUGAAACAAUGCGUGCUGAGGAUGAGAACCUUCCGGAUGAUCUCAAGUCGAGAUUGAAUCAAAAGACUUGGGAGAGGGGUAAAAGUAGUAUCUAUAGUGAUGCUUUCAACCUUGCACUGGAAACUGUGUUGGAAGAUGAAGGACAUCUAUUUGACGAAAAGGAAAUGGAGGUUUUCAAGCAAUGGAGAGAAUUAGAUUAUGAGUCUCAGUAUUUGUAUGUACGUCUUUUCUUGCGGAAAACUUCCACAUGGCAUCGUAUCAAUCGUUUGGGUUAUCAUGGUGAUUUGACAGAUGUUCCUGCAACCUCGAAAGUUCUACAGUCUACUCAAGGCUUACCAGAAUCAACAGCGACAGUUCAAGUCAAUCCAGCGGAAUUGGAACCUCCUGAAGGAACCAUUCUCGACGACUCGUUUACUUUUGCUGAUUCCUCAGAAGAACAGAUCAAAACUUUAGAUGAGGCAUUAUCUCUGCUAAAUCUAGAUGAGCUCAAGGGCCUCGCAAAAGAACUCAAGGUUCAAGGGAAGAACAAAGCCGAUAUCCUAAAAGUACUUCGUGAGACGAGUCAACGUCAAACUGGUCUCGGUUAUGUUGGUCUGAAAAGGGCUGACAGUGCUUCAAAAUCAAAACCAACCACCCCAGAUGGAUCGAUCCCGGAAGAAGAAGAUGAUAGUCUGGAUCAUGUGAACAGAGAUGUUCAUUUCCUCAGAAAGAUCAUGGCUAUCACAGGACCUUGUAUACGACUUUCCCUACCAGCUCUAAACUUAUUUGAACGAGUCCAUCUCGUGUUCUAUAGAUCUACUGAUUGGACUGACAAAUCCCUAACCACCAUCAUUCUAGCCAGAAUCUCUCGCCGUAAUUUCCCUUCAUACAUCGUCUCACGAUCCACCAAUAUCUUCCCCUCUCGCUCCACUCUCCUAGAAUUCGAAUCUUCAAUACGAACCCAAUACCGUGUCGAUAACAUCCUCGAAAAUGGUAACCCCGGCAAAUCCGGACUUGACCAAGUAAUGGAAAUCUUCGAAGAAGUGUACCCCCGCUGGAAAGUUCUCUCAGCAGAGGAACAACGCAAAGAAGAUAGCAUAUACGAAAGUGGAGAAGGAGCCUAUCUUCGUCGCUUCUCUCCUGCUUGGGUAUACACACGAAUUGUGCAUAAAGGUCUAUAUGUGAUCGGCCGUUUGAAACACCACGAGAGAGAACAUGCUUUACUGUCCGAACUUCUCAACCAAAAACUUUUCCAUUCUGCCCGGAGAGGUGCAUGGUACCAACGAAAAGCUCUUUUGGAAGAACACUACAUGUACACACUACAACCACCACCCGGAGUCGAAGAUAUCGAACAGCAAAAACGCCACUGGAAACGUAUAUCUCUCAAGACCUGUGAACAGGGACUUCAGGAUAGAUAUUGUCAUUCGAUCUACCACUACGAUCUACAAAAACGCAUCCGCAAACUCGAGAAGAAUCUCAAGAUCCCCAAAAGAGAGAAACAUGAUUUCGGCCACGUAGUCCUCACCAAACCCAUCGAACUCACAAUCCAAGGAAUCCAAGUCAAGAAACAAUACCUAACCCCCACUACCUUGCGUCGUCGUGCCAGCGCCCCAAAUGGUAUCGAAGAGCGUCAACGCAGUACAAAAACCAUCUGGAUAGAUGAAUAUGAAGGCGACGGCACAUCGGAAUGUUCCGUCGAGGAACUCUGCUUAAGCCAUUACCGCAAGCAGGGACUAAAAGGUUAUCACUCCGAAGGCGGUAUCCUCCGCACCCUCUUCGCAUUUCUCUUCUUCGACAUCCUCUUCCUCUAUAUCCCUAACGUCUUCCAAACGGAAUACCAAACGUGUCCCUUGGAUUUACAUACCGAUGGGUUUUUCGCAGCGCGCGCGUCUGAGAUUAAUCAUCGGAUCGUGGAGAUUGAGAAUGGGAGGGCCGGCGACAUUAUUCGCGAAGUGUGGAACAGGGAAUCGGAAAGGAAAACUUGUGUGGUGGGUCUGCGGUGGGAGUUUGACGUGCAUGAUUUAUUAGAGAUUGUAGAGUGUUUUGGGGUGGGGUUGGGGAGAGUCAUGAGGGUUAUGGCGGAGGAAUAUAGGGUUCGGGGAGGUGGAGUCCCGGAUUUAUUUUUGUGGGAUUUGGGCGUGGAUGAGGAUGAGGAUGAGGAUGAGAAUGAGAAUGAGAAAGAUGAAAACAAACUUGCUACAGCAGAAAACAUCAAAGAGGAACAAACCAAAGAGAAAGACAAUAAACCCCCCACAAAAGAAAGAAAGAAAGAAGUAAGAUUCGUAGAAGUCAAGAGCGAAAAUGAUAGGUUGAGUGAUACGCAGAGAAUGUGGAUUCAUGUUUUGAUGGGAGCGGGGAUUCGCGUGGAGCUUUGUAAUGUGGUUGCGAGGGAUGUGAGGGUUGUUGAUGUUGGGUGA